AUGGCCAGCCUCGGAAGCUCAGGCAACGGAGCGCUCCCUCGGCAAGGCGGAAGAGUGUCCCCCGGGCAGCAGCAGCAGCAUCAAGGUCCGCUUCGCCGACGGCCAUUGAGCGGGAAAACUACCGAGCGCGAUGCCAGCGACGACUAUGGAGGUAUUCUAGAUGACAGCUGGGGACGAGGAGGAGGGCCCCGCUUCGCCCGGAGGGGGGGAGGACCCCGAUUGGAGCCGCCACGCCCUCCCAAGAGGCCGACAAGGCCGUGCUGGCCCACCCCCUCGGUGGAGGCUAGCGUGUUGCGCUACAUCGAGACCGUUCGUGAAGAGAAGGGGGAUGGACUGGCGAGCGCGGUCCCAACGGUGUCUUGGCCGGAGCACGCGGAAAUGGAGAAGGGGGAUGUAGUCGUAACGGUGGAGCACUGCCAUGGCUGCCACCGGCACCGGAUGACGACGCGCCACGACCCUGAGGUCUACCUUAGCCAUGCGAACGCGGUCAAGGAACUCUUGAUAGAGAGCCUGCGAGAGUUGCCGGUACGGCUAGCAGUCGUCCUCAAGAAAUCCCCGCUCCGUUCCAGGACAUUGUCCCCGGGGGGUGAUGGCGGCGGUAGCGGUAGCGGCAGUGCAAGCGCGACCACGUUGCGGCGGCGGCGCGUAGGGGCGCUCGAGGUCCAGGUGGCGGCGCGGCAUCCGAACCGGGGUCACCUGCUUCACGCCCAGGUCAUUCACUCUAAGCUCGCUUCUGGAAGGUGGCCUCGGCUGGGGACGAGUGUGUGCCUGCCCAACAGGUUGAGAAGGGCGCUGGAGUCUUGGGGGUUCGAGACGGACAUGCGAGAGAUCGACGGCAGAAGAAAACACGAAAACAGCACAGAUGGUGCGGGAGCUGAUACUCCGUCGGCGCAACAUCCACCGCGACCACGAGUCCGGAUUCCGUGGGAGUUUGAUCACCGAGAUAGGAUGCGUCGAGGGGACGAAGUCACAACCUCUCCUCAUCAGGGCGCUAGAAUUCCCGAGAAGAACGCCCACACCGAUGGCUACAAUGACAACAGCAAGAGCAGAGGUGGAGCGAGAACCACCGUAGCUACCGGCAAAGAGGUCGCGACGAACAAUCACGACUCUCACGGCAGAGGCAGCAACAAACCCACCGCCUCCGGCGAGCACGGCAGCGAGACCGGAAACUACGGUGAUAGGCGACGAUCCGGCAGGAGCCCCGAACGCCCAGGGAUGUCCACGACCACCCUUUCGGACAGGGGUAUACGUCGGGAUGACGGGUGCUCUCCUUCAAAAGGUCGAGAGACAGAGGGCACGGUGGCAGCCGGGGUGCUCGCGCAGGAGAAUUCCUCGAAAGCCGCAGAGGCAGGAGUAGGAAGAGACGCGGUCGGUGGCCCAGUGCGAGCUGAGGAAGGGGGGAACGACAUCUCCGCCGAGGAGGAUGAAUACGAUGCUGAUUUCGCUUCGCAGGCGGAAGACUCGUUGGUCGAGGAAGUGGACGAGGAUGCUGACGAUGCUGCCCCAGGGCCGCCACCUUUCGUGGCGCCGAAAGCGAUCGACAGCAUCCACGAACACGAUGAGGAGGAGUUUGAGGAUGCCGUUUGGGACCAAGACGAGGAGGAAUGGGAGGAGGAGAAAAAGGAGGGGGAGGAGGAGGUGGAAGAGGAAGAGUACGGCGAUGACUUUGACUCGUGA